UCUUUCUUUCUCUUUUUUUUUUUUAUACCUGCUUUUCCAUUUUCCUUCUUCUUCCUGUUGUUUUUUUAAUUUUUUUCUUCAUUUUAUAUAUUCAUUAUCUUGUUAUAGAAAAUGAAGUUUUCCCAUUCUUUACAAUUCAAUGCUGUCCCGGAUUGGAUUGACAAAUACGUUGCGUAUGAUCAUUUGAAGAAGAUUAUUUUUCAACUAGAAAAAGAACGUGUGGAUGCAGUCAACCAACAAGAAAUACAACGACAUGAUGCAAAUGAACAAGGAGAAACAACAUCAACUAAAUUGGAUGAAAAUGUAUUUUUGACUCAACUGGAUUUACAAUUAGAAAAAGUAUUCGAUUUCUAUACCCAAAAAGAAUCUGAACUUUAUUCUCUAUUGGACGAACUUGAAGCAUCUCUUGAUUUGGUGGAAACUGAUGAAACUGAUCAUUACCCAAAUAACAAUCCUGUUUAUACCUUGGAAACUUUGGAUUCUACAUUGAAUGUUUCUGGCACUGUAACAAGCAAAGAAGAGAAACCAACAACUAAACGACGACCUUCAUUGGAAUCACGUUAUACUAUGCAUUCGACCGCUCCUUCCCAUGUUCAGAUGAUGAUGGAUUUACGAUCUCGAUUAAUUAAUCUGUAUGUCUCCCUCUCUGAAUUGGAAUCCUAUAUCGAUUUGAACAAAUCUGCCUUUCAGAAGAUUCUCAAGAAACAUGAUAAAGUCCUCGAUGGUGAUUUACGAAAUCAAUAUUUGAAGAAAAUGGUACUUGAUUCUCGACCUUUUAUGCCUCAAACGAUUCAACAACUUCAAAAUCAAAUCGUUCGUGUGGAAAAGUUAUAUGCCAGCGCUUUUUGUCAUGAUGAUACCAAUCUUGCUAUCCGCCAAAUGAAAACUCAUCUUCGUGAUCAAGUGACUUAUGAUCGGAAUACUGUCUGGCGCGAUAUGAUCAGUCAAGAACGAAAGAAACUCAAUGCUCAUGUCAAAGAUCCCGUUCCUCCAAAGAAAUAUUCUCUUGGCCUUAUCGAUCUCGAAGCUUCUCUGUUACGGGAAAUCUGCUUCUUUCUCCUUUCUAUUGUGGUCUUUAUUGUGUUACUGAAUGUCCAUAUCUUUGAACAACAAGCCGAAAAUUACUGUUUUGCUCUACUGAUCUUUGCUGCCAUUAUGUGGGCUACUGAAGCUGUUCCUUUGUAUGCUACAUCAUUAUUGAUUCCUUUUUUGAUUGUCCUUCUUGGUAUUAUGCGAAAUGCCGAUGGGUCUGUGAUGAAUGCCAAAUCUGCUGCCAAAGCUGUCUUUGCCUCCAUGUUUAGUGGUACAAUCAUGAUGUUACUCGGUGGAUUCGCCUUGGCUGCUGCCUUGUCCAAAUAUGGUAUUGCCAAAGCAUUCGCUUCUCAUGUACUUUCUCGUGCUGGUACUCGUCCCCGUUGGGUAUUACUCGCCAUCAUGUUCGUAUCUGCUUUCCUUAGUAUGUGGAUCUCCAAUGUUGCUACGCCUGUCCUCUGUUUUUCCUUGAUUGAUCCUAUUCUUCGUACUUUACCUGAUCAUACUACAGUUGGUUCUUGUUUGAUCCUUGGAAUUGCCUUGGCAAGUUGUAUUGGUGGUAUGACUUCUCCUAUUUCUUCUCCUCAAAAUAUUGUCACUCUACAAUACAUGAAUCCUAAUCCUGGAUGGGGUAUCUGGUUUGCUGUAGCUCUUCCUAUUGCUAUCAUCUGUGUGUUGACAUGUUGGGGAUUAUUAUUAUUAAUCUACCGCCCUGAUCGUCAUGUACCUCAUCUCAACAAAAUCAAACCUACUACUGGAAAAGUCACUUGGGCCCAAGGUUACGUUAUGUUAAUCACAAUCAUCACUAUCGCUCUCUGGUGUGCCGAAUCAAGUAUUGAAUAUGCCAUCGGUGAUACAGGUAUCAUUGCCGCCAUUCCUCUCUUUAUGUUCUUUGGUACUAAAAUUCUCAACAAAGAUGAUUUGAAUGCCUUUUUAUGGUCUGUUGUGGUGUUGGCUCAAGGUGGUAUGGCUUUGGGUAAUGCCGUUACUUCUUCUGGUCUCUUACAAGAUAUCGCUUUACAAAUCAAAGAUGGUAUCCAAGAUCUCCCUGUUAUUGCCAUCCUUGCCGUUUUUGCCUUUUUGAUCUUGGUGUUCUCCACUUUUGUCUCCCAUACAGUCGCUGCAUUGAUCAUCGUGCCUAUCGUUCAACAAGUUGGUCAACAUCUUCCUGUUCCUCAUCCAAACCUUUUGGUCAUGGGCGCUGGCCUUGCUUGCUCAGCAGGAAUGGGUCUUCCUGUCAGUGGAUAUCCCAAUAUGAGUGCUGUUAUGUUGGAAGAUCGCUUUGGUAAACCCUACUUGUCCUCUCGUGAUUUCCUUAUAACUGGUGUACCUACAAGUAUUGUCUGUACUGUCUUGAUCUUCACUCUCGGUUAUGGUAUUAUGUCUGCUAUUGGUUAUUAGUUUAUUUUUUGUUUUAUUUUUAUAUGUAUCCUUUAUCCCUAAUCAUCAUCUUUUUUAUUAUUAUUAUUUUUUUUUUUUCAUCAAUACCCUUCCAUUUUAGUAUAGAUGUG